AUGAGUGAUAGAAGACGAUUAUUAGGACCUUCAGGAAUGAUAAUUCCCAAUAUUCCUCACCAAUCACCACAACCACAACCACAACCUGACACUACAACCUCCACUUCAAUUCCAUCAUUUUUUCUUAAACAUUCAAUUAUAGAUAAUGCUAAUGGUUCAGCAUAUUUAGAAAUCAAUAAUACUAUCAUUGAAGUAUCUAUAUUUGGUCCAAGACCCAUUAGAGGUUCAUUCAUUGAUAGAGCUAGUGUUUCUAUCGAUUGUAAAUUUUUACCUCAUAUAAUCCCACCCAUGACAAAUAUCUUCAACAAUGACAGUAAUAAUAAUAAUAACAAUAAUACUAUUUCUAGAGGUUAUCGUACAGGAAUGAAUAAUAUUGAACAUAAAUUAAGUUCAUAUUUAGAAACUUGUGUAUUAUCAAGUUUAAUUUUAGAAAAAUAUCCUAAAUCAACUAUUGAUAUUCAAGUUUCAAUAAUUAGUAUUGAUAAAAAUGUGGGCAAUGGUGGAAAUGGUGGAAAUGGUCUGUUACUUUGGUUAUUACAAUGGAUAACUUGUUGUUGUAGUAUAGCAUUAAUUGAUUCUGGAAUUGAAAUGAAAGAUAUUAUAAGUAGUGGACAAGUAAGAAUUACCAAACAGGGGGAAAUAUUAAUUGGUGGUAGUAGUAGUAGUAAUAGUAUCAAUGCUGAAGAAGGAAUUGAUGGAUUAGUAAGUUUUAUGAAUUUGAAAAAUGAUGAAAUUGUGGGAAUUUGGUUAGAAGGUGAUAAUAAUGAUAAUGAAAAUUCAUUAUUAAAUGAAUCAAAUAUGGAAAAAUUAAUAAUUGAAUGUAAUAAAAUGUCGAAAAUAAUAAGAGCUAAUCUUAAUUCAUAUUUAAUAAAUUCAAUGUAA